ACCGCAGCGAUUUAAUUUCGCAAGGAAGCCCCGGGCUGCCCACGCCGAAAAGUCCGGCUUCCUCUGGGAACAGCUGUUUUUGUUUUCUCUCCUCUCCCCUCCCCGCCUAGCGGGCUGUUCCGGACCCGGCCAGGGAGGAGAGGGAGAGAGAGAGAGAGAAAGGAAGGCCCAUCAGUGCUGGCAUCAAACAGCAGCCAGUCUGGGAGCACAUUUUCCAGCCAAAACCACCCAGCUGUGCUGGAGUCGAGCUCUGGACCCUUGGACCAGGAAGCGCUUGUGCAACCCACCCGGCGCCGGACGGGCUGCCCUCUGCCCGAUUUCUUUGCUAGCUGGGAAAGCAGCUGGCUUUCGACUUACUGGAUCUCUCAGCCAGCAGUAGGAUGGCUUCAGCACGGUGGCUGCAGCAACAUCGGUUGCAAGACUUCGGCGGAGCAUCGGGAGCGAGCAAAAUGUCUUCUGGUGUCGGUCCCUCCAAGAGCGGCUCCCCACUGAGGAAGCGGGCCAGCCUUCAGGCUCCCAGCCCAGGAGAGAUUCACGGAGGGCCCAGGUCCCGGCAGUUGCAGCCUGCACGUUCUCUCCCAGGGCCUUCUCACUGCCUGAAGCAUUUUCCGGUUGACCUACGGACCUCCAUGGAUGGCAAGUACAAAGAGCUUGCUGAGGAGUUGUUCUGUCACUCAUUGGCCGAGAGUGAAAUGCGCAGUGCUCCCUACGAAUUCCCAGAAGACAGCCCCAUUGAACAAUUAGAAGAGAGGCGCCAACGGUUGGAGCGGCAGAUAAGCCAGGAUGUGAAACUAGAACCUGACAUUUUACUCAGAGCCAAACAGGACUUCCUGAAAAGUGACAGUGAUGCCGACCUACAAUUAUUUAAAGAAGAGGGUGACGACCUAGUAGAUUACUUUCCAAAAGACCGAGAUGUAUUUUUGGACAGAGAGUUCCAAAGGGUCACAAUCUCUGGAGAAGAGACAUGUGGGGUGCCCUUCACAGACCUGUUGGAUGCGGCUAAAAGUGUGGUCAAGGCAUUGUUCAUUCGGGAAAAGUACAUGGGGGUUUCUCUGCAAAGUUUCUGUAAAACCACAGCCCGAUUCCUGCAGGAUCUUUCAGAAAAACCUUUAGCCCUCAGGAUGUAUGAGGAGAUCCCUGAGACUCCUGUGGCUGCAGAUGCUCCAGUGCACCCUCCGUUUGCACACCAGCAUCCUUAUGAGAAAUGUGAUCCUCAAUCAAUGCCUGGAGAUCUUGGCUUUGGCCUCAGGAUGGUCAAUGGAGUAGUCCAUGUGUACACCAAGCAGGACAUCACUGACAAGACCACUGAGCUGGACUUGCCUUAUCCUGACCUGCAGGAGUUUGUGGCUGACAUGAAUGUUCUGAUGGCUCUGAUCAUCAAUGGCCCCAUAAAGUCCUUUUGCUAUAGAAGACUUCAGUACUUAAGUUCAAAGUUCCAGAUGCAUGUCCUCCUCAAUGAGAUGAAAGAGCUGGCAGCUCAGAAAAAGGUGCCACAUCGUGACUUCUACAAUAUUCGGAAGGUGGACACACACAUCCAUGCCUCGUCCUGCAUGAAUCAGAAGCAUCUGCUACGCUUCAUCAAACGGGCUAUGAAGAAACACCUGGAGGAAAUCGUUCAUGUGGAAAAGGGCAAGGAGCAAACCCUUAAAGAGGUCUUUGAGACCAUGAAUCUCACAGCAUACGAUCUGAGUGUGGACACCCUCGAUGUCCAUGCGGAUCGUAACACCUUUCAUCGAUUUGACAAGUUCAAUGCCAAAUACAACCCCAUAGGAGAGUCUGUUCUGCGGGAGAUUUUCAUUAAAACAGACAACGAAGUCUCUGGAAAAUACUUCGCUCAUAUCAUCAAGGAAGUAAUGUUUGACCUAGAAGAGAGCAAAUAUCAGAAUGCAGAACUGCGACUGUCUAUCUACGGCCGAGCGCGGGAUGAGUGGGAUAAGUUAGCCAAGUGGGCUGUUACCCACCGAGUGCAUUCCAACAACGUUCGCUGGCUGGUGCAGGUGCCUCGGCUGUUUGACGUAUACAAAACAAAGAAACAGUUGGCUAACUUUCAGGAGAUGUUGGAGAACAUUUUCUUACCUCUCUUUGAAGCUACCAUCAAUCCUGCUAGCCACCCAGAAUUGCAUCUCUUCUUGGAGCACGUGGAUGGUUUUGAUAGCGUAGAUGAUGAGUCCAAGCCAGAACACCAUAACUUCAACUUGGAAAGCCCCUUACCUGGCAAUUGGAUGGAAGAGGAUAACCCGCCAUAUUCAUAUUACCUUUAUUACACAUAUGCUAAUAUGGUGGUGUUGAAUCAUCUGCGUAGGAAGCGGGGCUUCCACACCUUCGUGGUGCGACCCCACUGUGGGGAGGCAGGACCCAUCCACCAUCUUGUGUCGGGUUUCAUGCUGUCAGAGAACAUAUCUCACGGCCUCCUUCUCCGCAAGGCACCAGUGCUGCAGUAUCUCUACUACCUGGCUCAGGUGGGCAUUGCUAUGUCUCCACUUAGCAAUAACAGCCUGUUCUUAAGCUACCAUCGAAAUCCGCUACCUGAGUACCUGUCUCGGGGCCUCGUGGUCUCCCUGUCCACAGACGAUCCCCUGCAGUUCCAUUUCACUAAGGAACCCUUGAUGGAAGAGUACAGCAUUGCCACACAGGUUUGGAAGCUCAGUUCCUGCGAUAUGUGUGAACUUGCACGGAACAGUGUGCUCAUGAGUGGCUUCUCCCACAAGGUGAAGAGCUACUGGCUUGGACCCAACUACAUGAAGGAGGGGCCCGAAGGCAAUGACAUCCGUCGUACCAAUGUGCCAGAUAUCCGGGUAGCCUAUCGCUAUGAGACGCUUUCCCAGGAGCUGACUCUCAUCACCCAGGCUGUGCAGACAGAGAUGCUGGAGACCAUCCAGGAAGAAGAUGUCCUGACUAUGAGCUCCAUCCGGGAUACUUGCUGAAAGAGACUUGUUCACAAUCGGUCUCCCUUUCAGUCCCACGCUGGCUUGACCUGCUGGGCCUGUUAUGUGAGCGCAAAAAGAGCCUGACCAUCCACCUCCCUCAUCCCACAGACUUUUCUACUUUCCUGGUGUGUGUGUGUGUGUGUGUGUGUUUCCUUCGGUAUCUCGUGGAAACGUUUCCACGAUUUCUUUGCCAUCUGGUAAUUGGCUGGAGCCUCCUGGAAGAUGAAUACUUAGAAGCGUCUCCAGGGUUCAGGCCCGGGAACCAAGGAAAGCAUCUGGAGUGGGAAUGGAAAGGCUGGUCAGAUCGUUUGUGAGUCAAGGCCAGAGAGGUAGAAAAGGAACAUAAAUGCCAGUUCAGUGCAGAAUAAAUUCUGGAAGUGCUGACCCGGGAAUACAUUUGUCCAGUGGCAAAAAGAAACACCAGCAUGUCUACAUAUAUCCUGGGCAACAUCUGCCAGGGCCAAAGUCUUCUGGGGGUGCCUUGAGCUACCUCGCUUUUGUUUCAGGGGGUUCCCAUUGGCUGGUCAAGCGUCUCUUGAGAGGCUGGAAUCAGCCCUGCCUUUAGCCAUCAGGGCAGAAUGCUGUUGUCAGUCCCACUAGGCAAGAGCCUCCAUUUUUCAGUGUUAAGCUCUAGUAUGGUGUUUUUCAACUUUGGCAAACUUUUAAGAUGUCUGGAUUUUAACUCCCAGAAUUCCCCAUCAGCAUGACCACUUCGAAAGUCGUGACAUUUAGACAGCUUAAUGUUGUCAGGAUUGAGAAAUACUCUAGUAUGUGAAGUGGGGCAAGGGACAGAUUUUUUUUUCCUGUCGUUUCCUUUCAAAACCCAAUAAUCUUUUUUUUUUUUUGCUCAGGGAAAGCACUAACCUAUGAUUCCCUCCAUGCUUGUGACUGUGCACUGUCAGGGACAAAGUGGACUUGACAUAAUAGAGGUAUUGUUGUUAGCAUGCCAAAUACUGGGGUUUUUAAUUUGUUCUGUAACUUUUGUGAAACUCUUGGUCUCCCUCUACAAAUCAAGUAUUAUAAAAGAAGUUUGAUGCAGUUAUCAAUGUAGCAAGGAGAUUGAAGAUGAUUCUGGCACUGAAAAA